UUCAACGCGUCUUUUUUUGAGGAAUUCUCUGACUUGAUGUCAAUCUUAAUUACGAACUAUGACACACUCUUAAUAGUCGGCGAUUUUAAUUUUCAUAUAGAUAAUCAAUGUGACCAGAAAGUAAAAGAAUUUAUGAACCUCCUGGACUCUUUUGAUUUGAGACAGCUCGUUAAUCAGCCUACACAUAAAGCAGGUCAUACGUUAGACUUAGUAAUUACUAAAGGACUAAAAGUUGAUAUAAAGCAGGUCAUUGAUAUUGGUCUAUCAGACCAUUUUCUUCUACUCUUUAAUAUAGAAAUAAUGAUAGAAAACACUCAUGAGAAGCAUAUUGUUAAAAAACGGUUCUUUGACUCAUCAGCAGCUUUAAAACUUUCAAACAUUCUAACCAAUCAGUCCGUUUAUAGUGCCAACUAUAAUAGCGAGGAGAAUGUAAAUAGUAAGGUGGAAAGAUUUAAUACUAAAGUGAGGGCUGCUGUUGACUUAGUUGCACCUGAAAAGACAGUUAAAAAAUCUUCUAGCAUUGUUAUACCAUGGAAGACCCAAAGAGUGUCUGAUUUAAAGAGAACAUGCCGUAGAGCUGAGCGUAAAUGGAGGAAAACUAAACUAACUAUUGACUAUGAAAUAUUAAAAGUUAAAAUAACAGAAUACAAUAACACAGUCCAUCUUGAGAGGCGCUGCUAUUUCUCUAAGAUUAUAAAUAACAAUGCUAGUAAUCCCAGAGUCUUAUUUUCGACAAUUGAUCGUCUGUUAAACCCAGGUCACUCAAUGGAAUGCCUCCAAAAUACUUCCAGUGAAACCUGUGAGGCUAUUGCUGUAUUUUUUAAUCAAAAAAUUAAUGAUAUUAGAAACAAUAUAGUACAUCUCCCCAACACUGAUCCUAAUAAUGUGAAUCGGGAUUAA